AUGCCUCGAAAUCUGUCAGCAGCUCGUCUUCGAACAAUGGGCAGUCUGGCGGUUGUCUUAAUGCCAACUGCGCCAACAGAGGUCCGACGUGUGGAACGGAGCCGGCGUCGAUUCUGGAACUGCCAAGUUGUUCCCGACAGUGGACAGAAUUACGGUUUUGACGAUGACCAAGGUUCGUACAUCCACACCCCUCACGACUACGUCGCCUACAGGUUUGAGGUGUUGAAGAUUCUGGGAAAGGGUAGUUUCGGUCAGGUGGUGGAAGCAUUUGACCAAAUGACCAGAACACUUGUCGGCCUAAAAAUGGUGCGAAAUGAGAGCAGAUUCACGAAACAGGCGGCAGAAGAGAUUUGCACUUCGGAACUGCUUCGAGACCAGGACUUAGACAAUAGCCGCAACGUGGUGCAUUUCCGAAAGCACUUCACUUUCCGUGAGCACGUUUGCAUGACGUUUGAGCUGCUCAACAUGAACAUCUACGAGUUGAUUAAACAAAAUAAAUUCCAAGGCUUCCCUCUCCCCCUAGUCCGCUAA